GUCGGAGCUGAUGUGGACACGCGAAGGCAUCACCAGUAGUUCAGUCAGUGGAGCUCGGCUCAUAAACAGUAGGGAGAAUGGCAGGCCUGUGGAGAUCCUACCAGGCCUUGAUGACCAAAUACCCCUGGAGAGUGCAGAUAGUGACUGCAGGGUCUCUAGUGGGUGUUGGUGACGUUGUAUCCCAGCAGCUGAUUGAGAGACGAGGACUGGCUCAACACAAUGUGCAGCGGACAGCCAAGAUGAUGAGCAUUGGUUUCGUUUUUGUGGGUCCGGUGAUCGGGAGCUGGUACAAAGUUCUGGACAGACUGGUUGUUGGAGGAGCUAAAAGUGCCGCUAUGAAGAAAAUGCUGAUCGAUCAGGUGUGUUUUGCUCCGUGCUUCUUGGGAGCGUUCCUCUGUAUCUCUGGAGCUCUGAACGGACUGACGGUGGAGGAAAAUGUCACCAAGCUCAAGAGGGACUACACAGAUGCCCUGAUCGCAAAUUACUACCUUUGGCCUCCAGUCCAGAUCGCCAACUUCUACUUCAUUCCACUUCACCACAGGUUGGCCGUCGUUCAGAUCGUUGCUGUUGCCUGGAACUCCUACCUGACCUGGAAGGCCAAUAAGAUGUGAAGGAUGAUCACGUGUCCUGUUUUGUUGUUGUUUAUGAUGAUGAUUUUUGUGCGUGUGUGCGUGCGUGCGUGCGUGUGUGUGUGUGUGUGUGUGUGUGUGUGUGUGUGUGUGUGUGUCUGUCUCAUGGGUCGUUCUGGUUGAACUUGAGGCUACUUCAUCGUCUGAUAUUUCCAACGUGUAAAACUGAGACUGAGUCACCGAUGAAGGUCGGGAGAAAGUGCUCGUCUACUCUGAAUGACAAAUUCACACUUGAAAGUCAAAUUUGCAUUUGCAGAAAUGUCUGUGAAAGUUUGUUAUUUAUGGAAAUGGGAUUUGGCAGUGAUGCAGCCACACAUACACACACACACACACACACACACACACACUCACACAACAUAACACUGACUGGUUGAAAGGAAACUUUUGUUUUCUCUUUACUCUGUUGUUAAUCACUUGAAGUAAUUGGGAUAGUUUGGAUAAUCAAUAGCAUCAUGUUUUGUUUUAUGAUGAAGGAAAAUUGAUCAGUGAUUUUCUGUAGCUAUGUCCAAGAAUUUCUAAUAAUGUUUUACAGUUUACACAUUGUUUACCCACUUUCUCUGCAUUUGACUCAACUAUAAUUUUGCUUCAGUUACUGCUUUCUAACUUUUCCCAAAAUACCUCAAACAUUUUUUUUAUUUCUGUUUUCAUACCCCCAUCUCCACUUGUUUUGUCUUCGGUACUGAGAUAAUGACGACACAACCUGACACUAAAAGUACAGUACAGAAAGUUAGAAGAUACCGCUCUCAUGUCUGAAUGGUAAAUAUAAGGCUACAGCCAGAAGCCGCUUAGUUUAGCUUAGCUUAGCUUAGCUUAGCAUAAAGACCGGAAAAAGGGGGCAAGGGGACCAGCUAGCUAGAAACACAAUCACCUCCAAAGCUCAACAGGGCUGUUGCUUCUUAUAGGGAACAAACAUGAGUGGUAUCGAUCUUCUCCUCUAAGGAAGAAAUUAGGAUUCCCAAAAUGUUAAAUGACUCAAGUGUUUUGAAUUAUUAUCUGUAGCUGCUUAAACUUCAUCACCAAACAACAAAAUAAAUCCAGGAAUCCAUUAGUGCACUGACAAUCCCUGUUGAAGUGUGGAUGCUCCUGCACUGUGUACCUUUUUGAUAACAAAAAAAAUGAUAGACUUCCGCAUGAGGUGGUGUCAAUGGCGUGUUUGACCUCACUAACUUUUGUAGCCAACUUAGCUUUGGACGGGUGGGGUUUGUUUGGAGAGAGAUGUGGAGGCUGCUGAGCUGGGCUGUCAACCAAAUUAACCGCACACAUUUUUUUUUUUCCCACACAAACACACUUGGGCUAUAUCAGGGAAAAGCAAGCGGAAACGUCUGACGAAUCCACUGAAAAUCCGCCAAAUAGCCUCUUUCCCCCGGGGGGAUGUGAUGAUAUGAGCCUCUCCCCAGAAAGCUGGAAUUCAGUUUUUGAAUCAGCACCCGAGGCUGACUGUGUUGUAAUGUAAGCCAAGGUAAUUAAAAGAAGAUGCACUUAACUGGCUCGUAAAGGCUCUAACCUGAACAUGAAGCAUGAUGCAGCUGACAUCAGUGUUUUCCAUGUUCAGUGUUCAGGUGGGGGUCAUCACAGACAGACUCUAAACUUAGUGGUUUAAAUGAUCUUUCUGAACAUUUUUGGUGAGAAUCUGUUUGUGCUGAUGUACUGGUUUCCAAUGUGUACGUGCUAAUAUGCAUAAACGUUUUUUAAAAAGU